AGGUGUGAAAAAUGAUUAAAAAAAAUUGAUAAUAAAAUGUAGUAAAAUGAAAGAUGUCUCCAAUCUUUACAUAAAGUAAUUUUGUUUUAAUUACUCACUUGGCCAGUGUAUCAUUAACAGUAGUGGUAUCAUUAACAAAGUCACAUCUUGCAUUUUUUGGUAAGAGAAAACUACUUACAAUUACAAAGAGAGAAAUAUGGCUGAAGCAGUAUUGUUUGGCAUUGCACAGGAAGUCCUGAAGAGUUUGGAAUCUGAGGCCCUUGCAGAGAUUGCCUCGGCUUGGGGCUUCAAGUCUCGGCUCGAUAAGCUCAAGGAUACCAUCAACACCCUUAAGGAUGUGCUGUUGGAUGCUGAAGCGAGGCAAGCUGACAAUCUCCCUGAUAGCCAUGCUGUUCGUGGUUGGCUUCAGAGGCUUACCACUGUUGUCUAUGAAGCUGAUGACUUGUUCGAUGAGUUCCACACUAUAGCAUCCCGCAAGCAGCUCUUGGGUGGAAACAAAGUGACUCGAGAGGUACAAACUUUCUUAUCCCGCUACAAUCAGAUGAUAUUUGCCUUUCGUGUUUCCAAAAAGAUUAAAUCAAUUCGGGAAAAGCUUGCUGAUAUAGUCAGUGAUGGUACACAGUUUAACUUUGUACCCUGCUCUCAUGAGGGAGGAAGAGUAAUGAACAGAACUAUGAGAGUUCAGACAGAUUCUUAUGUUCAUGUUGAAGAAGUUAUUGGUAGAGAUGAUGAUAAGAAACUCAUCUUAGGUGUGCUGCUUGCUUCAUCUUCCACUGGCGUCGACCACGAGCAGAGAGAAGAGAUGCUUCCUGUCAUCCCAAUUGUGGGAAUGGGUGGCAUGGGGAAGACCACUUUAGCUCAACUCAUAUAUAACGAUCCUCAAGUUAAGGAGUACUUUGAGAUGAGAUUAUGGGCCUGUGUUUCAGAGGACUUUGAUAUUCAGGAAAUCACUAAGAAGAUCCUCAGGUCUGCAACCAACACAGAGAUACCGGAGUUAGAUAUGGAACAGCUACAAGGUCGAUUGCGGGGAAUUUUGGGUGAGAAAAAAUACUUUCUUGUCCUAGAUGACGUGUGGAAUAAUAAUCGUGAGAAAUGGCUCAAGCUAAGAGCUUAUUUGAAGGUUGGUAGAAAGGGAAGUAAAAUCGUGGUAACUACUCGAUCAAGUGAGGUGGCUGAAAUAAUGAGCACUUUUCCUCCUCAUGAAUUACAAGGUCUAUCAGAGGAAAGGUCUUGGGAAUUAUUUAAAAAGACGGCAUACAAUGAAGAAUCUCAACAAAAUCCACGAUUAGUGGAGGUAGGCGAGGAGAUUGUUGAGAAGUGUGGGAGACUCCCUUUGGCCAUAAGAACCAUAGGCAGUCUGCUUUAUGGCAAGGAGGAGAGGAAGUGGUUGUCAAUCAAGGAUGUAAGUCUUGCAAAAAUACCUGAGAGCCAAUGUGAUAUUAUGAGUAUUCUUAGGCUCAGCUACCAUCACUUAUGGUCGCCAUUGAAAAAUUGUUUCGCUUAUUGCUCUUUGUUUCCAAAAGAUACUGAGUUGGACAAAGAAUUGUUAAUAGAUCUUUGGAUGGCAGAGGGUUUCAUUACUCCAGAAUUCAAUGAAAACCAAAGUAUAGAUGAAGCUGCAGAGGACUAUUUUCAAACUUUGCUACAAAGGGGCUUUUUUCAAGAUAUAACCAGAAAUGAAUGGGGGGCUAUUACAAGCUGCAAAAUGCACGACUUGAUGCAUGAUCUUGCUCAAGAAGUGGCUGGAGUCAAGUGCAAGGUUGGAAUGUUUGCAGAAAGUGACUUUGAUGACAAAAUCCUCCACUUGUCCUUAGCUUAUCGUUUGACCUCGUUAUGGAAAAUUCCAAUUCCAACUAACAUGCUUAAUUUGAAGCUGCUGCGUACGUUUCUUUUGCCUGAGCAAUCAAGUGAUGGGUCUCCCUUAAGCAAAUCAGUUUGCCGACAGUUAAUGAGAAGAUUUAGUUGCUUGCGGGUGUUGGAUCUACAUCACCUGGACCUUAAGAGUUUGCCCAGUUCAAUUGGUAAGCUUAUUCACUUGAGAUUCCUCAAUUUAUCAAGAACAGAUAUUGAAAAACACCCUGAAACUAUCACAAACCUUCAGAAUUUGGAAACACUAAAUCUAAAUUGUUGUUCUCAGCUUAGAACACUACCUAAAGAUAUUAGAAAACUUGCUAAGUUGAGGAGGCUUGAUGUGGCUGAAUGUGACAAUUUGAAUCACAUGCCAUCAGGGUUAGCAAGAUUUACAUUGCUGAAUAGGCUUCCUUUUUUUAUAGUAAAUUAUGAGCAUUCUGCAGAGUUAUGGAACAAGCCCAACAGUACGGCUAAAUUGAGUGAUCUAAAGGAACUCAAUAACUUGAGAGGUGAGCUGUGCAUAAAGAUAUGCAGAGAUUUUGAUAUGAACAUGCUACAAGAAGCAAUGGAAGCAGACCUGACUAAGAAACAGGGGCUGAUUAAAUUGACAAUAAGCUUUCAAGAAACAUUCCGCAUUCUAAAAGAAGCAGAUAAAUAUUGUAAUCAUGAUGAAGCUGUGCUGGAGGGCCUCAAACCGCAUUCUAGUUUAAGGAGUCUGUGUUUUGAAAACUACAAGGGUCAGAAGCUCCCGAGCUGGGCAAGGAAAGGUGAUUUGUGUAUUAGUCUUCCAAAUUUGGUUGAAAUUGUACUCUAUGAAUGUAGUUGUCAACAGGUCCCUUUAUUUAGUCAACUGCGUUUCUUGAAGCAUCUUAGACUUAUGUGUAUGGAUAGUGUUGAGUAUAUGGAGGAUGGUGUAUGUGACAUUUCCUCAUCAUCAUCAAAAUCGCAAGGGAUCAAAACUCCAUUCUUCCCAUCUCUUGAAGUACUGUGGUUGUAUAAAAUGAAAAAUCUGAAAGGAUGGUGGAAAGGACUCGGAGUAGAAGCACUUGGGAGUACAAAUGAUUCGGAAAAUACAUCGUCAUCUGAAUUAGUUGGGGCAGGCAAACAAUAUGAUCAUUCCAUAUAAUUUUGUAAUCUCUCAAAAUUGUUUAUAGAAAAAUGUCCAGAAAUGAAAUUCCUGCCACUUUGUCCAAAAGUGGAGGUUUUGAAUCUAAAAGCCUCCAAUGAGAGGCUCUCAGUAUUGAAGAUUGCAACAAUAACCGCAUCUUGUUCUGGUUCGGGAAGGGCUGAUUUGAAGUUGAAGGAGCUGAGGAUCGAUAAUGUGGAAGACCAACUUAUGCCCCUCCCUAAACAAUGUCUGAACCAGCUUUCUUCGCUAGCUGUCCACAACGAUCACAAGCUGGUGAACACUAAAAGUCUCAUAGAAACGUUUGCAACUCUGUCUUAUUCACUCCGACAUUUGAGUUUCUGCGAAUGUAAUAACUUGAGAAGCAUAUCUCAAGGCCUAGAACAUCUAACUGGAUUGGAAAAUUUGGCGUUUAGGAGUUGUUCAGAGCUUGAUCUAUUAUCAGUAAAUGAACUACAAACGCCAAGUGGAGAGGGAGAUGAAGAUGGCAGAAAGAUGAUGCCAUGGAAAGCCUUCAAAACUAAUCUUCGCUCUUUGGUUUUGGAUGGACUUCCUAAAAUGGUGGGUCUUCCGAGUGGUCUUCAACAUUUGACGAACCUCCGUUAUCUGGAACUAACAAGUAAUGAAGAACUGAGGGAAAUACCGGAAUGGAUAAGCUGUCUGUGCUCUCUUGAAGAUUUUUCAUUGUAUAACUGUCCCAAAUUGACAUAUCUACCAGAAGCCCUUCGCAAGAUCACCUCCCUAAAUAAACUCACUAUCGGAGGAUGUCCAGGGUUGAGAAAAAGAUGUCAACGUCCAAAUGGUCUUGAUUGCCACAAGUUUCAGCAUGUCCCUAUUGCUAUUGUUAGAGACGAAUGGGAUUUUUCUUGUGAUGGUUUUUUUUAGUUGCAUCUAUUUCAUCAUAACAUAAACAUUUUAAAUUGGUUGUAUUACUUUUCUUUUUAGUUAAUAAACUCUUUCUAUUGAUCUUGUGGGUCCAUAGGUUUAUUUUCUCUAUCUUUUUCAUGUCUCAUCUCGAAAAAUGCUUAAAAGUCCGCAAUUUGCAAAGUGAGAAGUUAUCUUUUUUAAAUAUUGUAUGCUACUUAAUUGUUUAUCACUUGAAUUUGAUUUCAUGCCGGAGAACUUUGCAAUGUUCGUAUAUUUAAAAAUUAUGUUUAAGAAAAUUUGAGUUUUAACUCCAAAAAAAACAUCAAAAUGAUUUUUAACACUAUUAACAAAAUAAAUUAUUUUAACACCACUGAAAUAGAUUUUACCUCUACUUAAUAGUUUCCGUCGGAAAUUUAGUUAAGUUGAGUCCAUUAUGCCAUGUGUCGCCAUAUUAUUGGUUUAAAAAAAGAAAAAUAAAAAAAUCCCUAAAAACUAACCCCUCCACCCUACCCUUAUCGCCGGCUAGCAGUCGCCACCACUGCCCCCCUCCGACACCCACGUUCCUAGCCCCAGCCACUGGAAACUUCGCCCCCUCCCUUUCUCCCAUCCCAAAACCGACAACCCCUCCCCAACAGGCACCAAAAACUGCUAGUCAUGUUUCAAACCCACCAUAAACGAUUGUUAGCGGUCAAAAUUGACCAUGGCCUAAGUGGUCAAUUUCGUCUAUAAGCCGUUCAAUUUCUUCUGGUAGGUAGCUUAAAGUCCCGAAAUAUCAUCUGGUAGGUGGCUUAGAGCCUCGGAAAUUUCAUCCGGUAGGAACCUUAGAGCCCGAAAAUUUAAUCUGAUAGGCACCUUAGAGCCCUGGAAUUUUCAUCCAAUAGUUAGCUUAGAGGCCCAGAAAUCCCUACUUUAUAAAAAGUAGAAAAUGACUCUUAUGAAUAGUGAACGAACUAUUAUGCCCUUCAAAAUAUUUAUUUACCUUUUUACCCUUAUCGUUAAUUCUUUCUAAUCCUUCCUACACUUUUUCCUGCCACACGUUACAUUUCCUUACUCGUUAAUUAGUUAGAGCUUUCUUUCUUCUCCAUCUCUGUUCAUCUUCUCCAUUGAAGUAUGGUUACUCUUGAGCAUUUUUUAAAACUUUUUCUCUCAUCUCCAUCUCCAUUGAGGCAUUGAAGUACGGGAUACUCUUGAGCUUUUUCAAUUUACCACGGCAGUUAAAAAUGAAGCGGCGUCACAAUUAUGUUGGAGGUCCGGUUUAUUUAAGAAGACCUAAAAUAAUGGAGGGUCUUCCAUCCAUGGCAGAUGCAAAUUGGUCUUUAGUUACUCAAACCUCCAUAUAUAUCCUACCUACGUUAGAAGUUAGAGUCUUCAAUUAUUACUCAUUUGUUUAAUAAGUUUCCAAUUGGUCAUAUCUUUAUAAUAUUAUUAUGCUAUUUAAUAAUUUUAAGUUUUACCCCUACUAUUGUAGUACGAAUCAUAGUGAGCAUUCACAUUUUUUGUGUAAAGAUUGAGGUUAUUAUCAACAAGUUUCCAGUUGCUAUUAAUUACAAACUAUAGUAGGUAUUACCAAAAUUAAGUGGUUUUGUUAGAGCUCAUUUGCAAUUGUAUAAUCCUCAUGUAUUGACUUAAUUUUUGGGGUUCAUUGGACAUUAACAAGUUUUUGG